CACAAAUAUAGACUACCAGAGUACAGAAUCUUUCCAGUUUAGUCGGCAUCGUCUUUGACAUACAGGAACUUCUUUACAAGUGUACCAUUGUUGCUCUUGCAGAUAUAAUAUAAUGCCAUUCGUUCCGGUAGAGACACCCAAAUGCCCAGCGUGCGGCAAGUCCGUGUACGCCGCUGAAGAGCGCGUCGCUGGUGGCUACAAAUUCCAUAAAACUUGUUUUAAAUGCAGUAUGUGCAAUAAGGCUUUGGACUCAACAAAUUGCACUGAGCAUGAAAAGACACUAUUCUGUAAGAAUUGCCAUGGACGCAAGUAUGGACCUAAGGGCUAUGGCUUUGGCGGUGGCGCUGGAUGUUUGUCAACGGACACGGGUGCACAUUUAGCGAGAGAUUAAUAUGGUUCCUGCCAACUAUCAUUUGAUAAACUCAAUUUUAUGUUCGAGAGAUGCUGAAAAAUUCAUUUCUUGACCCUAUGUGUUAUAAUUAUCCUGACAUAUGUGAAUCUUAUGAAAAUCAAAUAUUUUUGUAUUCAUUUUCAUUACUGACUGUAAAAAAAA